AUGGAUCAACCUGUCGGAGACGGCGCAGAUGGCAGUCUCGGAAGUGUCGGGUGGUUCCACUCCACUUAUGGAAAGAAAGAAUCCGCUGACGGACCGCGUCAACAUGGAGCUGACGAUGUUGAAGAAUCUGACGACGUUGAAGGAUCUUCGGAAGGCGAAGAGGCCUCAAGAAACCUCCCGCUCUUGAUGCAAGCAGUGACUGUCGCUUUUCGAAGUGUCAGUCACUAGGAUCUGAUAGAGUAGGAGGGAGGCGCAUUCCGCCGAGCACUUUGUGAGUUUACGCUUUUUUUAAUGUAAUUGCCCUUUUUGGACAAGAAAAAUUUUUUUCAAGUGAUUUUUGUGUAAAAUGAAUGAUUUUAGGUGACCCGCCUGUCAACCCUCCUCCAAACAGCCGCCCUGGAACUCUCACGCUGGAGAGCCGGCGAAUCAUUGUCCGAAUUGGAAUGGAUCAACCUGUCGGAGACGGCGCAGAUGGCAGUCUCGGAAGUGUCGGGCGGUUCCACUCCACUUAUGGAAAGAAAGAAUCCGCUGACGGACCGCGUCAACAUGGAGCUGACGAUGUUGAAGAAUCUGACGACGUUGAAGGAUCUUCGGAAGGCGAAGAGGCCUCAAGAAACCUCCCGCUCUUGAUGCAAGCAGUGACUGUCGCUUUUCGAAGUGUCAGUCACUAGGAUCUGAUAGAGUAGGAGGGAGGCGCAUUCCGCCGAGCACUUUGUGAGUUUGCAAGCAGAAUAAGAACCAUAACAAUUGAAUCUUUCAGACGUGCGCAUCCGAAAACAAAUCGGAAUCGUCAUCUCGGCGCUGGCCGAAGGAACCAAGUCGCACGUGCCGUACCGUGACUCGAAACUGACGCGCAUUCUUCAAGAGUCGCUCGGAGGAAACUCGCGGACUACGGUCAUAAUUUGCGCGUCGCCGUCGCACUUCAACGAGGCGGAGACCAAGUCGACGCUGCUUUUCGGACAGAGAGCCAAGACGAUCAAGAAUGUGGUGCAGGUGAACGAGGAGCUGACGGCCGAGGAGUGGAUGCGCCGAUACGAGAAGGAGCGCGAGAAGGUACGCUUUUUUUUUUAAAUGUAAUUGCCCUUUUGGACAAGAAAAUUUUUUCAAGUGAUUUUGUGUAAAAUGAAUGAUUUUAGGUGACCCGCCUGUCAACCCUCCUCCAAACAGCCGCCCUGGAACUCUCACGCUGGAGAGCCGGCGAAUCAUUGUCCGAAUUGGAAUGGAUCAACCUGUCGGAGACGGCGCGGAUGGCAGUCUCGGAAGUGUCGGGCGGUUCCACUCCACUUAUGGAAAGAAAGAAGCCGCUGACGGACCGCGUCAACAUGGAGCUGACGAUGUUGAAGAAUUUGACGACGUUGAAGGAUCUUCGGAAGGCGAAGAGGCCUCAAGAAACCUCCCGCUCUUGA